AUGCUAAGGUUCCAAAAACUCAGUUUCAAGCGUGGGGAGCUGUUUUUAAGCAACGUUUUACAGUGUGGACAAGCUUUCAGAUGGAUUUUUCAUGAAAAACUGGGCCAGUACUCAUCAACACUCAAAAUUGACGGUGAGUUCAAGAUCUUGGUCCUCAAACAAGAUCAAGACGACCAUAUAGAGUAUGCAACGGUCGGGAAUGUAGAGGAGCGUGCUUUGCGGGAGUUUUUGCAUCGCUACUUUCGCUUGGAAGUGGAUAUGAGCACGCUGUAUCGAGAGCAGUGGUUGCCACGGGACUCGAGGUUUGAGCAGAAAAGGCCCAACGGCGUGCGUAUUUUAGGUCAGGACGCUUGGGAAACACUGGUUUCGUACAUAUGCUCGAGCAACAAUAAUAUCUCGCGUAUCACAAAAAUGUGCCACGCGCUCUGCACGGAAUUCGGCAACUCCGUAGGUCAUUACGACGGGGUCGACUAUUUCUCGUUUCCGACCAGCCACGAGAUCGUGGCUAGGGCGUCGGAAGAUGCAUUGCGGACGCUGGGAUUUGGCUAUCGUGCUAAAUACAUCGUGGCGACCGCUCAUAAAAUGGAAAAAGACAGGCUCAAUAUGUCGGAUUCUGAGUAUCUGGAAUCGUGGAAAGAUCACUUGCAAUACGAACAGGUGCGUGAAAAAAUCAUGAGUUUCAACGGAGUCGGCCCCAAAGUGGCAGAUUGCGUGUGUCUGUCUGGCCUGAGGAUGGACGACGUGGUUCCCGUGGACGUUCACAUUGCGCGAAUCGCACAGAGGGACUACAAGUUUAGUGCCAGAAAGCAAGACAUCGAGGAGCUUCAAAGGGAGUAUAAGAGCUUGCCCAUAACGCACAAAAAAGUGAAUUAUGAGCUGGAUCUAAUACGCUCGAUGUUCAAACAAAGGUGGGGAGAUUUUGCCGGCUGGGCUCAAGGAAUUGUUUUCGCUCAAGAAGUAGGCAAGACCACGGGCGCAAACAGCGAUGGCACCACGUAUAAACGGAAACUAGAGCUCGACCUGGUAGUCAAGCUCGAAAAAGAUGAUGUUCCUUUCAAGAGGCACUACUCAGAGGUAGAAACGGUUGCGGUCAGCGACGGCAUCAAGGUGGAAGUGACCCACGAAGAUGUUCUGACGGAAGAAACAGAAUAUUCGGUCACAGGUAGACCGAAAAGGAAGGCCACUAAAAAUGUUGGAUAUGAGUUUUAG